GAAACAAAAAAAAGGAAAAAGGUAGAGCCAUUCUCCGAUCUCAUCUCAGUAAUUCGGCAGCAAGACCAUUGGAUUAGCAAGGCGAGGACCGACCUUUGCGACGCUGAACGAGAAAAAUCUCCCGUUGAGAUUCUUCCUGAAGGACGCCACUAAUGGCGGCAACGAAGCCCGAAGCUUCUGCUCCGAUUCCAGGCCAAAUGAGUCCACACAUUUGGUUUUACUCCUUUGUGCUCAUUAUUCAAUACGGCAUGCAGCCUCUCAUCUCCAAACGCCUCACCAGUCGGGAAGUAAUUGUAACUUCAUCAGUCUUGACAUGUGAGAUAGCCAAGGUUGUAUUUGCUGUUAUUCUCAUGGCGAAAGAAGGCAGUUUAAUGAAACUGGUGAAAGAAUGGACUUUGAUGGGUUCACUCGCUGCAUCCGGUUUUCCUGCCACGAUUUAUGCACUUCAAAACAUUUUGUUGCAGAUAUCUUAUAGGAAUCUCGAUUCACUUACUUUAUCGAUGCUGAACCAGACAAAAAUAAUUUUCACUGCCUUAUUUACAUUUAUCAUACUAAGGCAGAGGCAGUCAAUUCAACAAAUUGGGGCUCUGUUUUUGUUGAUCAUGGCAGCUGUUCUUCUAAGCAUCGGUGAAGGUUCUAGCAAAGCUCCUAGCAGUGCUGAUCCCGAGCAAAUUCUAUUUUACGGAAUUAUCCCUGUUUUAGUUGCUUCUGUACUUUCCGGUCUGGCUUCUGCAUUAUGUCAAUGGGCUUCUCAGGUCAAGAAGCACUCAGCAUACUUGAUGACCGUAGAAAUGUCUUUUGUUGGAAGCUUGUGCUUACUGGCUAGUACCUCCAAGUCUCCAGAUGGAGAAGCUAUUAGACGUAAUGGGUUUUUUCAUGGUUGGACUCCACUAACUUUGAUUCCGAUUGUAACCAAUGCUCUUGGUGGGAUUCUUGUUGGCCUUAUCACCAGCCUUGCAGGUGGUGUGACGAAGGGGUUUGUCGUCGUUUCAGCACUUCUUGUAACGGCGAUGCUGCAGUUCCUUUUCGAAGGAAAACCACCGACGACGUAUAGUCUCCUGGCUCUUCCACUUGUUAUCAGUAGCGUUUCGAUAUACCAGAAAUAUCCAUACCGACUCAAAAAUAAGGGAGCCUAAUAACACCUGCAAGCAGGUAAGGAGAUUUCUCAGAGUGGCCCCCAUCAUUAUAGUUUCCAUUCGUUUUUCUCAUGUUUUAAUGAAAGGGUUGACAGUCAUUUUAAGAUGCGUGCAAAUGAAGAAUACAUAUUAUAUGUGCUUAGAAUUGUGAAUAUAAAGAAGCAAGGCUUUGGUGU